UCUGAGGGACCUGACUAGCGAGCUCAUUUAAAGGGAAAACAAAAGGGCAAAGGAUCGAAUUUUACAUUUUAUGUCCCUGAGAUCUUAUCAGAUAUUGUUUGUAAACAAUGUUCUCUCUAACCACGUCUUUCCAGCCUCAGGUAACUGUGCUCCUGAGCCAGAUUAUCAACGCUGUGCACUCACUCAAAGUGUCAGCCAGCUCCACGGCCACGGCUGCGGUUCAGAGUCUACACAGAGCGCUUUCAGCUGAUCAGCACAUGCUGCCCCAAACCUCUGACACACUGCUUAAGCAAAUCCAUAAAGACCUGGGGAUCUCAGAGCUGAGGCUAAGUGGAGCCAAUGAGCUGUUAAACAGACUGCUGCCCAUACCAGCUCCCAAAGAGAGCUCAGACCUUAGGGUUUGCCUUCGACCUUCAAGAUGGAAAACGUCACACAUCUCGACAGAUUCUUUCUUUCACAACAAACAUGGUUUCUCCCACAGAAUGCCUGGACUCUUUGGCUGUCCGAUAUUCCAUAGACAAAAUUCCCAUCCCCUUCGUGUUGUUUGCUCAGAUCUUCAGCACUUGCAAGUGUGGGUCCAAAGCCGAGGUUUUAAGACUCUGAGGUCUAAGACCAGGCGUCUUCAGUCCAGCUAUGAGAGUCCAGCAGAAUCAGAAACCUAUACCCCACUAUUUAUGAAGGGUCUCCUCAUGAGGGAUAAAGCUGAUGCUGAGAGCCUUGACCAGUUAAUGAAACAGAGGAAUCUUCCAGAGAAUCAGCAAGAUGCCUUUAAGACUGGUUUUACAGAGGGCUUCAUGAAAUCUCAAGCCCUAAUGCAGAAGACACAAGAUUCACUUAAGAGGACUCGUCUGAUUUUGCUUGUCCUCUUACUUAUUGGCAUCUACGGUUUGUCGAGAACCCCGUUUCUCUCGGGUAAAGGCUCGUUUUCUGAUACUGUCCGAUUCCGUACUUCAUCUGGCCUGGAUGCUGCACUGGAUCCAAUCCAAAUGAAGAACGUCACUUUUGAGCAUGUGAAAGGUGUGGAGGAGGCAAAGAGUGAGCUUCAAGACAUUGUUGAGUUCUUGAAAAAUCCUCAGAAAUUUACUGCACUUGGUGGAAAGCUACCCAAAGGUGUCCUCCUGGUCGGUCCGCCUGGUACUGGAAAGACUCUGCUUGCCAGAGCUGUGGCAGGGGAAGCAGAUGUUCCAUUCUACUAUGCAUCAGGGUCUGAGUUUGAUGAGAUGUUUGUGGGUGUUGGAGCAAGUCGCAUCAGGAACCUAUUCAAAGAGGCAAAAGCUAAUGCACCUUGUGUGAUCUUUAUUGAUGAGUUGGACAGUGUGGGUGGAAAGCGGAUAGAGUCACCCAUGCAUCCAUAUUCACGUCAGACCAUUAACCAGCUCCUUGCAGAAAUGGAUGGGUUUAAACCAAACGAAGGGGUUAUUGUUAUUGGUGCAACAAAUUUUGCAGAAGCUUUGGAUAAUGCUCUUGUGAGACCUGGGAGGUUUGACAUGCAAGUCACAGUUCCCAGACCUGAUGUAAAAGGACGCACUGAGAUCCUCAACUGGUACUUGAAGAAAAUCAAAGUGGACCCUGAUGUGGAUGCAGAAAUUAUUGCUAGGGGAACAGUGGGGUUCUCUGGAGCAGAGCUGGAAAAUUUGGUGAAUCAGGCUGCGCUAAAGGCUGCUGUAGAUGGAAAGGAGAUGGUGACGUUAAAGGAACUGGAGUUUGCUAAAGAUAAGAUCCUCAUGGGCCCAGAGCGUAGGAGUGUGGAGAUUGACAAGAAAAACAAGACAAUCACUGCAUAUCAUGAAUCUGGGCACGCUAUUGUGGCAUAUUAUACUAAAGAUGCCAUGCCCAUAAAUAAAGCUACCAUUAUGCCACGAGGACCCACCCUCGGUCAUGUGUCUAUGCUCCCAGAAAACGAUCGGUGGAGUGAGACUCGUGCUCAGCUGUUGGCUCAGAUGGAUGUCAGUAUGGGCGGCCGGGUGGCAGAGGAGCUCAUCUUCGGGGGUGAAAACAUCACUACGGGAGCAUCAAGUGAUUUCGAUGGAGCCACGAAGAUUGCAAACAUGAUGGUUACACGCUUUGGAAUGAGUGACAAGCUGGGGGUCAUGACCUACUCUGACCUGUCCAAACAUAGCCCAGAAACGCAAGCUGCUGUUGACCAGGAAGUCAGAAUACUGCUACAGGAUUCAUACGAGCGUGCCAAGAAACUCCUCAAGACAUACAGCAAGGAGCACAAAAAACUGGCAGAUGCUCUGCUCACCUAUGAGACUCUGGAUGCAAAAGAAAUUCAGAUGGUUCUAGAAGGCAAAUCUCUAGACCCUAGAUGAUAUUGUUCUCAAGAAUGUCAAAAAGAGCUGAAGACAUUCAUUUAAACAGAGGUCAUGGAAUGAGGAAGGACAUUUUUAAUAUAAUUUCAGUUCUUCCACAAUCAGUUAGCAGAAACAGAUAUAAAUAUGUUUCUACUUAAUUUUCAGUGCUCUAAUGUUCUGUAAUUGGAAGGCCAAACCAAUUUCAAAAACACCUUCAUGGAGGGCCAUUUCUAAUUUCACUUGGACUAUUUCUGAUUUACCAAACCAACUUUUUUUAUAAAACAACUUCUUUGUAGCUUGUAUGUAUGUACCAGUGCAGUUUAUUAUGUAUUUCCACUUUUGCACAACAGCUGCUCUUCUGACAAAUGAAAAGUAUCAGUCAAUAGACAUUUUUCACCAUCCUGUGUGUGCAGGAAGGCAUGAUUACCCCUUCCACCUUGUACACUUUUCAUUUUCUCUUAUAAGUCCAGUAAAAUGGAGUGAAAAUAAGGGGGCAAGUUUUGCCCUCGGGAAUCAAGCCAUGAAUGACGCAAUUGAGGAUUUUGCAUUCCACAGAAACGGACCUCUAUAUUGCAAUAGAACCAUUAAACAUGCCAGAUCUUAUUGAUCUAAUCUAACAAUAUCACAUGGCUAUACUAUGAUAGCCUGUUAAUGGAAGCAAAGUACAUUGCUGUGUUUUUUUUUUUUAAACACUUUAUUUUAACCAUAGUCUUUAUAGAUGAACUCAAGCUGCAACUUGAAAAUAUUUCACAUAACUGUAAAAUUUGCUUUGCAAAGGAAUUGUGACCUCAGUUGUAGUGUACUUCAAGUUAUCCUUGAAUCUGGAUGCAUACCAGCUGAAUAUUUUAUGCAUCUUUUUGAACAAGCAAAUAAACCUUUGAUGCAGUCUUGGAAUUAAAUGUUUAAUUUUACUCAUCACUCACUCACUCACUCAUUUCAUUAAAUAUGAACCACAAAUGUAACAUCAGAACAUCAGUAUUACUUCAAUAACAGGUGAAAGAUCUAAGUAUUAUUUUCUUUAAGGAGCAACUUCCAGCUCUGAAACAUUUUUGGAAAAUAAAGAAACCAAUACUUGUUCUACUUUCCAUGAAGAAGGAAUUUACAGACGUUUUCCUGUAAGAAAGUAAAGGCUGAAGUGAAGAACAUGAAAUAAGUUGCAGGAUUAAUUACCAGAAAUUUUCUUGUCUUUUAUGUUAGCUGGUAGGUUAUUUAGUUGUAUGAACAAAUCUGAUUUUACUUGGUGACUUAUUUAUUUGUCUAAUACUGGUUUGAAAUGGUGCUGAUGGAAGUCAUCUGUAUUUGCCUGAUUAACUGCAGCCAGUUUUGUGGCCUUUAAAGGGGCUGUGAUGGAAAUCCUGUAUAUAAGAGUCUAUGUAAUGUAUGUCUGUCUGCUCUGUGAAUUAUUCCUCACUGAGAAUUAAAAAUGAGCAAUGAUGAAUAACUAAUAAAGUGUGCUGGAAAUGGACAAA